AAAUGGCUGACUCUGCACCGGCCGAUACUCGUGGACGUGGUGGAUUUGGACGUGGACGUGGUGGUCGCGGUGGUCGUGGUGGUCGCGGCCGUGGCCGUGGCCGUCGUGACGAAAAGAACGAAUGGGUUCCCGUGACCAAGCUUGGCCGUCUUGUUAAGGCUGGCAAGAUCAAGUCCAUGGAAGAAAUUUAUUUGUUCUCUCUCCCCAUCAAGGAGUACCAGAUCGUUGAUUAUUUCUUGCCCAGUCUCAAGGAUGAAGUCAUGAAGAUCAUGCCUGUCCAGAAGCAGACCCGUGCUGGUCAGCGUACUCGUUUCAAGGCUUUCGUUGUCAUUGGUGAUGGUAACGGUCAUGUUGGUCUUGGUGUCAAGUGCUCCAAGGAAGUUGCUACCGCUAUCCGUGGCGCCAUCAUCUUGGCCAAGCUCUCGGUUAUUCCUGUCCGUCGUGGUUACUGGGGUACCGCUCUUGGUGACCCCCACACUGUGCCUUGCAAGGUCACUGGCAAGUGCGGUUCCGCUCUUUGCCGUCUUGUUCCUGCUCCCCGCGGUACUGGCAUUGUUGCUGCUCCUACUCCCAAGAAGGUCUUGCAGUUGGCUGGUAUCACCGAUUGUUACACUACCUCUCGUGGUUCCACCCGCACUCUUGGUAACUUUGUCAAGGCUACCUUUGCUGCCAUUGGCAACACCUAUGGUUUCUUGACCCCCGACUUGUGGGAAGAGACCGAAUUCACCAAGGCUCCCUUCCAGGAGCACACUGACUUCUUGUCCCAGAAGCAGAGAAAGUAAAU